CUUGCCGAUUGUCAAUAUUUAUGCCCCACAUCACACCACCUCGCGUCUUCCACGCGUCGCGUCCCGAGGUCAACUUCAAAAACCACCGCGGGUGACUGCGUCUUAUCCAUACGUACCUACCCCGCCUUCAGCCCUGACAACAGAUCCACUGCCAGAAGUGUGAGCAAGACCAUUAAAGCACCGCAGUCACGAGAAACAGUACAAAAAUCGCCGGAGAGGGAGAAAAGAGCUUCUGCAGAUCUCAAGGAUGUGGCAGAAUGACAGGUGGUCAACGAACCUUUACACACAUCCCCACUUCGCUGGUGAGAUCAAAUGGCCAACAACGGCCCAUGACCAGUAAGGCCGCAAAGAAGGCAUACCAGCAGGCCAACCGAGGACCGAAAAUAUCGAGAGCUGAGCAGCACAGGCGCGACAAGGCAGAGUUGGAGCAGCAGAAAAGGGAGUACGAGAGGGAGAAGGCAGCUGAAAGGGCUAAGGCGGCAAGAGAGAAGAAAGCUGCCAAAGCAGCUGCUGAGAAGGAAGCACGGAAGAAGCAAGGAAUUCCAGAGCCCAGCAAAUUUGUUCGCGCAAGCCAGCCUACGAUAUCGAGGUUCGUAAGGACCAAUAGCUCCAAUAAGCGAACAUGGCAGCAGAUGGAGAGUGUGGCGGAAGACUCGGACAAGACAAUAUCAGACGCAGAAAAGGAUCAUGAUAGACCACCUGCAAAGCGACGAGUGGUCGAUGAAGGUUCUGAUAAUGAAUUUGUCGACUUUCCAUCCCUGUCACAGUCAGAUCUGCUAGAGCAGACUUACACUUCCAUGCUGUCGACUAAGAAUGGAUAUUCUGCUAGAAGGCCAGCAAAGGAGCAGCGUCCAUCUUCACGACCUCGUCACCGCGAGGCUUCGCAAGAGCUACCCGUCAUGAAAGAUGCCGAUGAACACGCGAUUUUGAAUACCCAAGCACUCGAUGUGAUGGCGACCACACAGCUCCUUUCGGACCUGGCUGAAGCUGUCGCCAAGUCCGAUUCACUUGAGCCACCUUCGCAAGCUGUCGAAGGGAGAAGAGAAGUAAUUCCAAAGCCUUCAGCAUCUCCGAGGCGGUCUGGAAGAGUAGCAGAAAGAGACGACAAGGGAACUGGAGUCUCAACAGGUGGAAAGUGUGAUACUGUACCUGUCGUAGAGAUUCCGUACAAGUUACUAGGGGCUAUUCAAUCGCAAUCUGAACACGCAUUCAGCGAUAGUCAGCAUGAGGCGCGGGAUUCUCUAAACCUGGCGACAGUUGCAAGCCGGCGUGUUAAUAUGCCGCCGCCUCGUCUUCCCAUGAAAGCAGUGGCAGCUACAAAAUCGAUUUCUACCACUCAAAGACCGUCUAUUCCGCCACUGAAGCAAUCCCCAAGCCAUGGUUCCAAACCAUUGCCGACCGUUCCCCCGUCUUCCACUCAAGCUUUCCUUGAAAAUCAUAUGGAUGACUUCUUCCCAAGUCCAACCCAAGCAGUGCGAGAACUUCUCGAAGGUGUCGACGAUAUACCAACUAACACACAGAUCGCCAGAGAGCUCAGUCCAAAGAAAGCUGAGAAGGGUCUCUUUGAGAACAUGUUCUGUACACAAGAUAUGAUCAUGUCUUCAGAUGACCUGGUCGAGAUAGUUUCACAGGAUGGCUCUUUACCCAAGCCUCUCGUUGAAGCUACACCAAUGCCUCAUACUCGCGAGGAGAGCAUGGAGGUCGGCAGGACAAAUGCUCUGAAAAACACAGAGAAUGGCAGCCCUGCCGACAUAUAUUGCUCACAAGAUCUGCUCAUGUCCCCAGAAAACCUGCCCGAGGCCAUAUCACCCCAGCCCAGCCCUUUCAACCCCCUUGUUGAAGUUGCAUCCAAUGACCUCAAUCGUCGGGGUAGAACAUACAUCAUCAGAGAAACCAGCGCCGAGAAGACGAUAACUAACGACAUUGAUAGCUUUUUCGGUACACAAGAUCUCAUACUAUCACCUGAGGACCUGGAAGAGAUAUGCUCACCCGUCCGCGAACCUUCUCUAGCCAGAGUGAAGCCAAUGUCUCCAGAUAAACGAGCAAAUCCACCGCCACAGCCAGCCUGUCGGCAGAAACAACGUUUCUUUCAGGAGAAAGAAGAGGACUUGUACCACGCGGCCCUUCAUGAAAGCAAGACUACCUCUGCGCAAGGUACCAAUAAAGCAAAGAACGAUCCAGCAUCAUGUGGUCGGAAUCAGUCUGAUUCGACCGACUAUGGAGAAUUCGACUUCGACUUACCAGAGCUGUUUAAGGAGAGAGAAGAUGAAGAGCUUGAGGCUGCUAUUCGUGAAAGCAAAAUCACUGCAGAAUUAGAAGCGAAACGAUUGGCUUUGGCGGGGAUGCCAGGCCUCAAUAGGAUCCAGUCAAAUUCGACUGAUUAUGGUGAUUUUGACCUGCCUCGCCUCUUCGAUGAGCAGGAAGAAGACAGGCAGAAUAUUCGAGCUGGAUCGGAGACAACACUACGGAAAAAAGUAGAUGCCCCAACGACGAGUGGGGAGAAGGCGAAACCUCGACGCUUCUUUGAAGAGAAAUACGAAGACCAAGUUCAUGCCGCUAUCCAUGAGAGUAGAAUGCUAGCAGCAAAGACAAUCCCACUGAAACAAACGGUGGGAGUGGGCUCCGAGAAGCCUAAAAGGACACUUAAAAGAGUUCGGUCUACGGCGACAGAUUAUGGAGAUGAUGAUUUUAUGGGCUGCUCUCAGGAGCUCAUAAAUCUGUGUUGAUGAACGAGGCAAAUCCUUACCUUUGUUAUUGAGUGUUGGGUAUUGCUUAUGGGGUUGGUUGGGACUGGUGUAGGUCUGCCACCAGGAUCGAUCGUACGGCAGCAUUGGGAGGAUAGGAAAUGAGAGACGGAGGCAUAGGAUCGAUAUCUUGGCUGGCAGCAUUUAGUUAUUACGUUUUCAGGGUUUGGGCAUUGGUUGGAGGCUUGCAUAUUCCUAGGACUGACUGCCUUUUUAGGAAAGGCAGGAUUGGUGUCAGGAUACAUUUCACGCAUAGCAUAUGUAGGAAAGGAAUGAUACCCAUAGCAUUUUCAGUCGUGAAAUACUUAAGUUUAAAUCAUCUCAAGUUUCAG